AUGGAGGCCCUGCAGAGACAGCAGGCAGCCCGGCUGGCCCAGGGGGUGGGGCCAUUGGCCCCUCCACGCCCACCGCAGUCACCCCGGGUUUCCUUGCCCGGCCACCCGGCACUGCAAGCCCCUGAGGGGGCUUUUGGUGAGGUUGGAGCUGAAGAAGAGGACACUGCAGAAGAGGAAGAUGAGGAGGAGGAAGCAGGGGCUACAGAGGAGGCCGCUGAGGAAACCUGUCCAGGGAUCCAGGGCCCUAGUUCACCUUCCAGCCAGCCCCCUGGACCUCAUCCCCACGAGUGGACCUAUGAAGAACAGUUCAAGCAGCUAUACGAGCUUGAUGCAGACCCCAAGAGGAAGGAGUUCCUGGAUGACCUCUUUAGCUUCAUGCAAAAGAGGGGAACGCCAGUCAACCGUGUGCCCAUCAUGGCGAAACAGGUGCUGGACCUGUACGCGCUGUUUCGCUUGGUGACUGCUAAGGGCGGCCUGGUGGAAGUCAUCAACCGCAAAGUGUGGCGAGAGGUCACGCGCGGCCUCAGUCUGCCCACCACAAUCACCUCGGCCGCCUUCACUCUACGAACGCAGUACAUGAAGUACCUGUACCCGUACGAGUGCGAGACGCGGGCGCUCAGCUCCCCGGGAGAGCUCCAGGCAGCAAUCGACAGCAACCGCCGCGAGGGUCGUCGUCAGGCUUACACAGCAGCCCAGAUCUUCGGUUUGGCAGGGCCGCCCCCUCGAGGCACUCCGGGCACCGCCUCUGGCCCUGGCCCCGCCCCCUCCACCCCUGCGGCCGGCCCCCGCCCCACCCAGGGCUCCGCCUCCGGUCUGCCGGCGCACGCCUGCGCACAACUGAGCCCGAGUCCCAUCAAGAAAGAGGACAGCGCAAUUCCAACCCCUCGACUGGCACUGCCCAUGGGCCUCGCCUUAGGACCUGUACGGGAGAAGUUGGCACCAGAGGAGCCCCCAGAGAAGAGGGCUGUGCUGAUGGGGACCAUGGACCCACCUCGAUCUGGUUUCCUUCCCCGGGGCAAGGUUCCCUUGAGGGAAGAGCAGCUGGAGGGUCCUCUCAGUCUGGCAGGCAGUGGUAUCAGCAGUAUCAACAUGGCCCUAGAGAUCAACGGGGUGGUCUAUACUGGCGUCCUUUUUGCCCGUCGUCAGCCUGUACCAGCCUCUCAGGGUCCAACCAACCCUGCACCCCCUACAGGGCCUCCUUCCAGUACCUCACCCUGAGAGUUCCCACUUGGAAUUAAGUGUGUCAGCACCAUUGCUGAGGGGAGAGGAGACAGCCCUCUCCCCACACCUUAAUUCUUCCAGGAUAUCCACUCUUGGACCCAGCUCUGGGAGGUGACCACUCCCCCCAUGCCAUUUGAAUUUAAAACCAAAGAGUUUUCUUUUGCUAUUACAUCUACCUCAUUGUAAAGAGAGGGCAAUCCUCCCUGGCCAACUUUAGAAUCAAAGAGUUCUGCCCCCAUUAACACUUAUCACCUCAUGUGCCCACUUUUGUCAGUAUUCCUCACUGUUACCCUUAUGCGUAACCCCACCUCUUGGUGUCAGAUCUACUUCUCUUCAGAGCCAGGUGAAGUGUUGGGUUGGGGUGUUGUGAAGGAGAUGUC